CCUUGCACCGAGAUCAUCUUAUAAAAACAGCAAUCCAUCCGAACGACUGCUCCCGCCCCGAAUCCUUGCAACACGAAACCACCGCAUAUAACAGGAUGACAGGUCAACAAACAGCUAAAAGACGAAGUGUGCUGAUGAUCGGUACGGGCGGUACCAUCGCCUCUGAAACAACCGCAAGCGGUCUCGCACCUCUUCGACAAGACACAUUCUUCCGCCGUAUCCGACAGCAUCCUUCGCUCACUUCCCCUCUUCAGUUCUCCUCCACCUCCGUCUCCUUCUCUUCCCCAGUCAUCACCACGGUCAUCGACAAGAACAUCAAGUACCCUAAACUGGUCACCCCAGAACUGGAUGAUGAAGGUCGGGAUGUUGAGUAUGAGAUUCUGGAUUUGAAUAGACAUAUGGACAGUAGUGAGAUGACGCCUGCAGAGUGGAAUAAGAUUGCGGCGCUGGUAUAUCAGAAUUGGGACGGGUACGAUGGGUUUGUUAUUUUGUCUGGGACCGAUACUCUGGCGUACACCGCGGCUAUCUUAUCAUUCUUGUUCAAAGAUGCGGGGAAACCAAUCAUCGUCACUGGAGCUCAAAUCCCUCUCUCUCGACCGAGAUCAGAUGGUUGGACGAAUAUUCUCGAUUCGCUCUUCGUCGCUGGCGUCUUGCCUUAUGCCGGUGUGGGCAUCGUUUUCAACCACCAAGUAAUGCAUGGUACCAGGGCAACCAAGACCAGCCCAAACCUCUUUGCCGCAUUCACCACGCCCUGUAUCCCCCCACUCAUCAACCUCAAUGUCAAAAUUACUCUUGACUCCACUCUAUCCCUUGCCCCACGAUCUAUUACACCCCCCGCACCACUCAUCGCCCUCAAUGCUGACCCUACCGUCCUCUCCGUCCAUAUCUAUCCCGGCCUCACCGGUUCACUUCUCUCCGCGCAAAUUGCCGCCGUUCCCACUUGCAAAGCUGUCAUUCUCUCAGCUUAUGGUUCGGGUAACUUGCCUCUCGACAUGGAGAAUGGAGUUUUGGAGGCAUUGAAAAAGAUGGUAGAGCGAGAAGUGCUGGUGGUCGUCAUUUCACAAUGUGCGAUACCGAAUAUUUACCCGCUGUAUACCCAGGGAAGGACGCUUCUGGAUAUCGGGGUCUUGCCGGGUUAUGACUUGACGCACGAGGCGGCCUUUGCAAAACUCAUCUGGCUUGUGUCAAGGCCCGAUUUGACAUUCGAACAGAGACAAGAGUUGUUCGAGACGCCAUUGGUCGGGGAGAUGUCUGUGACCAGCCGCUUGCGCAAGACGUAGAGAAGCAAGCUUGGAAGGAUCCGCCGUGCUCGUACUAUGAAAUUGCACCAGAUCCAUACAAAGCCACGUGGCUCUCGGAGAAGACCGACAGAUAACGGGUGGCGAAUAUUUAUACAGUUGUUCGGGUUUGUGUGCUUCGGGAAUGAGUGCGUGGGUACGCCGGGCCCUUCUGAUGCAGUUAUAAGCAUGUAUGCAUGCAUGGGAUGAUAUAUAUACCCAGCUCCAUCCAUUCC